AUGGUUGAUCAACUGGAACUCCCGCCUGGACUCGUCUACUACCAGCAUGAGAGUGGGCAGACGCAGUUUGAGCGACCCUCAUCAAGGUCCUCCAAAGAUCCAUUGGAAAAGAUCAUUGAGAAGGAGAAACGGCAGAAGGCGGAGGAGGAGAAGAAGGAGGCUAACAAGCUUCCUGAGAGGGCCGUCCAGAAGGGCGAAGCUCGAAUUUGGCACAUCCUCAAAAAGCACAGGGACUUCUUCGGAAAGCCCGCAAAGUCCUGGCGGCAAAGCCAGAUAACUUGGAGCAAGAAGGAGGCCAAGGAGUCGCUGAAAGCCUUGAAGUUCAAGCUUGAGAACGUGGCUUACGGGGGCGGGGCCCAGGCCUUGCAGAAGAAGUUCGAGAACUAUGCCAAAGCCGAGAGUGAUGACGACAUCUCCGCAAAAGUCGGUGGCGACUUGGGGCCCAUCACCAAGAAGAAGAAGCUCUUCGGUGGCUAUGAGAUCGCGAAGGCCUCCUUCGAGCUGAAGAUCGGCACCAUCUCGGACAUCCUCGAAACCUCCGAGGACAUGUGCGAGUUUGUGUGGCAAAGCUUGGACAGGGCCGCCCUGAGUGGAGCGACCCUCAUGCUCCUGCGGGUGCUGUUGAUCAGCCUGGCGCUCCUGGCGACCGUCUACUUCUUGAAGGCUGUGUUGCUGCAGCUGACAUCCGAUGAUGCCAUCGAUGAAGCGGAUUCCGCUCUAAGCGGCCAAAAUAACUCCUGGACCGACGUUGAGAGGGCUCUGCAAGCGUUCAGGAGUGGCGAUGAUUCCAAGGCCCUGGCGAUCCUGACCGGCUGCCUCACCAAUGAGGACUCGGCUGAGGCGGAUCAGUUGGAGACCGCUGCAUGCAAGAACUCUCUCGGCGAGCUGCACUGGGUCGGAGCCGGGGUAGAUCGGAAUCUCACGCGGGCCAAAGAGCUCUUCGAGGAAGCAGCUGCCGUGGGUGAGCCGGAUGCGCAGUACAAUCUGGCCAUCCUCUAUGCCUCGACCGAGAGCAGCGAUGAUCUGCGACGGAACGAGGCCCUAGCUGUCUUACACCUGUAUGCUGCCUCCACAGCAGGCCAUCCAGGUGCGUUGAUGGCCAUGGGCUACAGGCACUUGCACGGCUACGGUGUGCCACAGGCCUGCACCACAGCAGCCCUGAAUUACAUCGACGUUGCCAAGGGCAUUGCCAGCAUCUACUCAUCUGGCAUGCCGCAAGCAGUCGAGCUGGUUCGCUUGAACCUUCCGCAGAAGGACCGGAAGGUCAUGAGCAGCUCGGAGCUGAAUCUCUUCGUGCAGAUCGCCACUAGCGGAGACAGCGCUGUCGCCGCGGCGAUCGGGAAGCGCUACCUCUUGGGGAUCGAGGGCUUUAAGCAAGACUACCAGAAGGCCAAGCAGUACCUGAAGAUGGCGGCCAACAGGCAGCACUCCGGGGCCUUGGCUCUCCUGGGAUACAUGUACUGCCUAGGCCUUGGCACACCCCAGAACUUGGAGACGGCGUACGCUUACUUCGUGACGGCGGCAUCGUCGAACGACCCCUUGGGGCACAAUGGCCUGGGAUACAUUUAUUUCCGCGGCACCAACGCACAGGCUCGGAAUCUUCGCUUAGCCUUCAAGCACUUUAACGAGUCAGCCUUCGGCGGGUCCUCGGAUGGCAUGUUCAACCUGGCCAGCAUGUACCUCACAGGCUCUGGCACGGAGCAGAGCUUCCAGAAGGCCGUGCUGUACUACACGCAGGCCUUGGAUCGUGGUCAUACUCCUGCCGCCUAUUCUCUUGCCGUCAUGCACUUGAACGGCAUAGGGACGGUACGGGACUGUGACAUCGCCGUGAACCUGCUGAAGAAGGUCUGCGAGCGCGGGGAGUGGGUAUCCAGCAAGCUGGUCAGUGCGUAUGACUUCAGCGAGAAACAGCCGGACAAAGCAGCCCUGAUGUUCCUCAAGCUUGCCGAGGCUGGCCACGAGGUCUCGCAGAUGAACGCGGCCCAUCUCUUUGACCACGGGCAUGCUUCCUUACUCACGCCCGAUCCACCUGCUCAACGCACGGCGCGUCAUGACGACUUCUUCUGGGAAGACUCUCCUCGACUCCCCGGGCAAAACGUCGCCCAGCGUUUCUACGAGCUCUCCGCCGAGCAGGGCAGCGCCUCCUCCGAGCUUCGCUUGGGCGACUACGCCUACUACGGUUGGGGAAUGACGGCGCGCUUCACUGAGGCGCCGCUGCCAUCGGAGGAGGCAAAGCCCGCAGAGCUCGAUCAACCGGGCGAUGGUGGUUGGGAAGAUUUCCCCUUGCCAUCCAUUUAUACCAACGACAAGGUGGAGCUCCAUCCUCAACCCGUCGAUUACGAAGCUGCUCUGGCUCGGUACCGGAAGACGGCCGAUAUGACCGUGACGGGUGAGUGGAUGCAGUCCUUCGUGGCCAGAGCCUCCUUUAACUUGGGCUUCAUGCAUCAGUUCGGAAUAGGAAUCGUGCAGGACCUUAAUAUGGCCAAGCAGCACUACUUUCGGUGUCGAGAGGUCGACCCCAGCGGUUUGCAUGCCCCGGUGACUAUGGCUUUGGCCGCGCUCGCCGGGCAUGUGCUCUACUUGCGACUUCCCUCGCAAGAGGAGAUGAUUAAGCGGCUCUCCGCCGACGUGCGGCUACAUGUGCUGUUUCUCCACAUAGUUGCGGUCAUAAUCCUGGCAUGGCUACACUGCAUCCUCUCAAGCCGACGGCGAACUGCGCCACCGCGGCCGCAUCGUCAAGAUCAGGCCUCUCCGCCAGCUGCGACGCAGCCAGCGCUGGGAGAGAGGCAAGGAAGUCUCGCGCAGACCGCGGGCGAGAGCCGGCGAGCUGCCGGCAAUGUGGUACUCGACUGA